CCUUUAAGAGCUGUGAUUGAUAUAGAUGCAUCGAAAGAAGAUAUGGAAACAGCUAAUAUUAAAGGACAGGAAGUAUUUAUUCAAAUCUGUUGCUCUUUCAUAAGAGUUUUGUAUCAAAUUCUUGACUGUGGUUGGAAAGAUAUUCUCAAAGGGUUAGAAAUUGCUACGUCUUCAGAUUCUAGCAAGUAUAGCUAUCACAUUUUAUAUGCACCAGCUCUCCUUAUCAAUCAUCAUGAACUCAAAGCAUUCACAGAGUUAGUAUAUACCUUAACUGGUGAAAAAUUUGGUAAGUAUAUUGAUCGAGGACUUCCAGGUCAAAAUUUCAAUCUUCGCCUUAUUGGUUCGGCAAAAAAGCCACCUACUAGCUUAGGGGUUAAAAAACAUUCUAAUUAUCUUAGGGAUUGGACUAUUGAAGAAAAGGAAGAGAUGAAAGAAAACUUCAUAUAUUUUAACUGGAAAGCUCUACUAGAAUGUCCACAAUGUAAAUGCAUAUAUGACAAGGAUCAGCGUGAUGAGAGCAGGGAAGUUUUUGAAUGUGACCCAUCUAUUGCAGAAAAAAUUCAGAAAGAAAAUAAAAAUUUAUCUCACGCCUCUCACAGGAUAAAGGGUUUAGGUUUUCCUAAAGCCUUCGUAAAAAUGCCAUCUUGGGUUAAGUAUAAUGAAAACCUUACAGCGACAGAAAUAUAUGAGGAGAGAUAUGUAAGACCAUUACCCAAUGAAGACGAUAUCUAUGUAGGAUCACCUUGGGAGACAGGAAAAACAUAUGUUCUAGAGCAUCUUACUAUAUCUGAUGACGUGAAUUUGCUAGUAUUAUCCACGCGUCACUCUUACUCGAAUGCUGUUACUACAAGACUCAAUCUCAAAUCAUAUUGUGAUAUCGAUG